AUGUCGAUUGAUUUCAAGUCUUCUAAAGCUACUACUAAAGAUAACCACUUGUACACCAAGUUCACUUACGAAAACUCGUUGGUUGAAAAGGAUGCAGAUGGAAAGAUCCACGUGACUCCAACUGCGGUUGACUAUGAGUUUAAAUUGGACUUGACGGUGCCUAAAGUCGGUUUGUUGUUGGUUGGUUUGGGCGGUAACAAUGGUACCACGUUGGUUGGCUCGAUCUUGGCUAACAAGCACGGAAUUUCGUUUGAAAAUAAAGAGGGAGUGGUGAAGCCCAAUUACUAUGGUUCGGUGACUCAAAGUUCUACGGUCAAGAUUGGUGUUGACAAGCAAGGUAACGAUGUUUACGCUCCAUUUAACGCCAUUGUUCCAUUUGUUAACCCUAAUGAUUUGGUUGUUGAUGGAUGGGAUAUCAGUGGGUUGACUUUGGACCAGGCUAUGAAGAGAGCCAAGGUCUUGGAUGUCACUUUGCAAAAGCAAUUGUACCCUUAUUUGGAAGAUAAGAAGCCCAUGGAGAGUAUCUACUAUCCUGAUUUUAUUGCUGCUAACCAGGGUACCAGGGCUGAUAACGUGUUCAACAAGAAUGAAGCUGGUGAGUUGACUACUGGCGACAAGUGGAAAGACGUUGAAAAGAUUAGACAGGAUAUCAGAGACUUUAAAGCCAAGAACAAGUUGGACAAGGUGAUUGUGUUGUGGACUGCAAAUACUGAAAGAUAUGCUGACGUGUUGCCAAAAGUUAACGAUACUGCUGAUAACUUGCUUGAGUCGAUCAAGUCUAGUCAUGACGAGAUUGCGCCUUCGACUAUCUUUGCCGUUGCGUCUAUUUUGGAAAAAGUUCCUUAUAUCAAUGGCUCGCCUCAAAAUACAUUUGUUCCUGGUGUUAUUGAAUUAGCUGAGAAGCACAAGUCGUUUAUUGGUGGAGACGAUUUCAAAUCGGGCCAGACCAAGAUCAAAUCGGUCUUGGCUCAGUUUUUGGUUGAUGCUGGUAUCAAGCCCAUCUCGAUUGCCUCGUAUAACCACUUGGGUAACAACGACGGGUACAACUUGUCGGCACCCCAGCAGUUUAGAUCCAAGGAGAUCUCCAAGCAGUCCGUCGUUGACGACAUGAUUGAGAGCAACGAGAUUCUUUACAAUAAGGAGAGUGGCGACAAAGUCGACCACUGUAUUGUUAUCAAGUAUUUGCCCGCUGUGGGAGACUCGAAAGUUGCCAUGGACGAGUACUACUCGGAGUUGAUGCUCGGAGGCCACAACAAGAUCAGUAUCCACAAUGUCUGUGAGGAUUCCUUAUUGGCUACGCCCUUGAUUAUUGACUUGGUUGUCGUGUCUGAGUUUUUGUCGAGAGUCAAUUACAAAAAAGUCGACGAGGGCGAGUACCAUGACUUUUACGCUGUCUUGACCUUGUUGAGUUAUUGGUUGAAGGCCCCCUUGAGCAGACCUGGGUUCAAGCCAAUCAAUGGGUUGAACAAGCAGAGACAAGCGUUGGAGAACUUGUUGAGGUUGUUGGUGGGAUUGCCUAUUAACAACGAGUUGAGAUUCGAGGAGAGAUUGGUGUAG